AUGAUCAACACUAUCUAUCCGAACGAGACCACGAACAUGACCAAAAGUCUGGUAUUUAGCCAGUCUUUGGGUGCGGUUAGUGGAGACUCCGCUGUACAUCUUAGCGUCAAAGGUCAAAUGCAUGCGCUCGUACGACAGCAGGCGCAGGAAUUGCUUAGCAUUUACUCACAAUCUUACUGGCUCAACCCGUCUCGCGGUCUUUUGAACGGUGACAAUGGCAGUUCUCCCGUAUUCUUUAUAAUUGUGGGCCAUGACAUGAGCAAUGGGACAAGGAAAUGCAAAUGCAAUGAGGCACUGCGAUUCUGGGACAAGGACAGUUGCAUCUGGUGCCAACAGGGUACUUUAUCCUGUCUAGAACUUGACAGUCGAACCACAGUAUUACCACGGUCAUCCGCUGCUACGGAUCUCACGAUGAUGUCCAAAUAUCACUGGAGCAGGCGAAGAGGAAUGUACUGGGUUGGACACAGAGGAGGGGCGGGUGGCGAGUGCUGCAGCGAGGACAGGACAGCGCUAGCGUUCGAAAAACAAUCUGUUUUCGCUGCGUCGCAACAAACAAAUAUUGUGACAAUCCUCUUAAGAAAACUAUGGUACUGGUUCUUGCGAGACCACAUUUAA